CAACAUAUCGAUUUUAUUGUUAGUGGUAUUCCCAGGUGUUUUGUUUAUAAGCUUUUUAGGAAAAUAGGCGGAGGAAACCAAAAUCCUCUGACUUGGCCAGGAUGCACCAGGCCUAUAGUGUUCACUCGAUCCUGAAACAGGGCGUUCAGAUAGAGUCAAUAGCAGCAUAUGGCAACCAUGUCAUCUUGGGCACCCGCAGCGGACAGCUGAUCAUGUACUCUGUGGACGAGGAGACGGGCGUUGACAUGCGGAUGUUCAACAAGAACUUCAGCCGGAAACCGAUCACCCAGAUGGAGGUGAUUGCCUCGGAGAACCUGCUCUUCGUGCUCACCGACUACCAGGUGCAGGUGUGCGACAUUCGGCGGAUUGAGAGCAACUUCGCCUUUAUGCACAGUGCGACCGACACGAAGGGAUGCACCUUGUUCACCAUGGACGUGGACACACCCAAGUCCACCACUGGACGUGUGGCCACCGUUAUUCGUGUGUGCUGCGCCAUCCGGCGGCGUCUUGUGUUCUUCUUUUGGAAGGAGGACAAGCUGAAUUCCCUGGAACUGAGCAUCGACCUCAGCGAUGUGCCCAGGACCCUCUGCUGGGUGGGCCAUGCUGUCUGCGUAGGCUUUAAAGACGAAUAUGUGGUCUACGAUAUAUCAGGAAAAGCACCAAAGAAACACGACCUAUUCCUUACCUCCUCCAGUAUCAGCAGGGAUCCCUGCAUCUGCCUUAUCCGCAACAACAUGUUGGGCAUCUCCAAGGACAGCUACCUCGUAGUGGUAGAUCCCAGUCAGUACAAAGAGUCUGAUGGCAGCACUAACUCCACAGAUGUAAGACCGGGUGCCAUGGAAAGCAAUAGUUCCCUAACUCCUCUACUCUGGUCAAGUCCGCUUUUAGAUUUGGUCUGGGAUGAGCCAUUCGCCGUGGGUCGUGUCAACAACGCCAUUGAGGUGCGCUGCCUUGUAGGCAAGGACACCCUUGUCCAGACCAUUCCCGAACUUCAGAAGACAAAAUUCCUCGUCCACGCAGACAAGGGAACCAUUUUUGCAGCCGCCACCUCCGAGCUUUGGUGCAUCCGAAUGGUGGAAAUCCCUAUCCAGCGACAGCAAUUGCUACAGCAAAAGAAAUUCCAACUGGCCAUUGAGCUGACGCAAAUCUCUGAUGAACCCGCCACGGACCGAGCCCAAACAAUUCGCCAAAUACACAUGCUCUAUGCAAAAGAGCUUUUCACCAAUAAGGAGUUUUCAGCGGCCAUGAAGGAGUUUGAAAAUGCGGCUAUAGAUCCCUACGAUGUGAUAAGACUGUUUCCAAACUUGGUGCCUGAGCCAAAGCCCGGCACCGAGGACAUCACCGUGCCUACGUCCAGUACUCCUGCGCUAGAGGAUGGCGACCUGGAAAACGCCUAUUUGGCACUGAUCGAGUAUCUGGCAUGGGCCCGGCAGCGGGAAGUGGUCAAGCUGCGCGACACCAAAAGUAGUUCAAAGUCCCUGCUGGAGAUCAUAGACACCACUCUACUGAAGUGCUAUCUGCAGACAAACGACUCGCUAGUGGCACCGCUGCUACGCCUGAAUCAGUGUCACUUAGAGGAGUCGGAAAAGACGUUGAAGAAGCACAAUAAAAUCUCCGAGCUUAUCAUACUCUACCAGAUGAAGGGCAAGCACAAGGAUGCCCUUAAACUGCUUCGAGAGCAGGCGAGCAUCGAAGGAUCUGUACUGCAGGGGCGCAAGCGUACAAUACGCUAUCUUCAGGAGUUGGGUGUUGAUCAUCUGCCGCUGAUCUUUGAGUUCGCUGACUGGGUCUUAAACGAAAAUACCGAAGACGGCCUGACCAUUUUCACCGACGAACUUAUUGAGGUGGAGUCCCUUCCGCGCGCUAAAGUUCUUGACUUUUUGAUUAGCAAGCACAAAGCACUUGUCAUUCCCUAUUUAGAGCACAUAAUCACUGAAUGGAAGGACAGCAAUACCCUACUCCACAACGUGCUCCUCAAACAGUAUCGCGAAAAGGUGCAACGGCUUCUUGCUCAGCAGGAGAAAGGAGAGGAAGUUCCCGAACUCAUUCCAAUGCGAGCCAAGCUGUACAAGAUGUUGGAGGAGUCCAACGACUAUUCGCCGGAUCGCGUGCUAGAGGAAUUCCCCACCAACAUGCUGUUGGAGGAGCGUGCCUUAAUCCUGGGGAGGCUCAAAAAGCACGACAACGUCUUGUCCAUCUACAUCCAUGUUCUCGGAGAUGUUGUCAAGGCAACCACCUAUGCGGAAGCCCAUUACAAAGAGGACAAGCACCUAUUUCACACACUCAUAAAAUGCAUACUAACACCACCAACUCAACCGCCCUAUGACGGCGUGCCCUUGCAUCCCGAUUUCUCUCAAGUGAAUCUAAGGGUCGCCCUGGAAAUCCUCAACACCCACGCCACCAAAAUCGACCCAUUUGAGAUCUUCGAGCACCUUCCCGAUGACCUGCCCAUGCCCCAGCUGGAGAAGUAUUUGGAGAAAUCAAUACGUAAAAAGAUGGCCGAUAAGCACGAGAUGCAGAUGAUGUGCGGCCUCUUGGAGGCGGAGGCCACGCGCCUGGAAAAUGCUUUGGAGGCGCAGCGAGAUAUUAGCUUCGAGUUAAACGAGUCUAGUGUGUGCUCCGAGUGCAAGAAGCGCUUUCAAACCCAGUCCGCCUUUGUGCGCUAUCCAAACGGACAGAUCGUGCACCUAUCCUGCCACGAUCGCAUCGCCAGGGCGGCUGCGCAGCAAUAAAUAAAAUACUCCAAUGUGAUAACUGAUCGAAUACUCGAAACUGACUUUGCACUGGCACGGUAUUUAAGCCUCCUCGCUGCCGUCCAUGAGGCUGUCGCCGUCCAGGGAAUCGUUGCAGAUGGACAGAUCCGACUCGGACUGCGCUCGACUCAGCGGCGGCAAUGCUCCUGAAAGCGACAGCGAGUGCUUGCUGUCCUCGUUUUCCUCCUCUUGCAGGUUGGGCGAGGCUGCACUGCAUCCGUUUGUGCGAUCCGUGGACGCAGAGUGGGCCGCGUUUGCCGCCACGGACCCUUGAUUGCCCAGGAUAGACGUACCUGGCAGUUGAGUUUGCCUUAUCAGAGCCAGCCGCUGUUGUGUCAGUUCCAGGUGGUGCUUGCGCCACUUGAUCCGCCUGUUCUGGAACCACACCUUCACCUGAGCCUCCGUCAGCUUUAGUGUGUGGGCCAAGUAGAGCCUCUCCGGGCCGACCAUGUACUGCUGGCGCUCGAACUCCGCCUCCAGACACUCCAACUGCUCCGGCGUGAAGAUUGUCCGCACGCGCUUGUUCUUCAGCGCGCUCUUCUUGUGCGAUUCUGGGGAAUACGAAAAAGAUGGUCAGAGGGAGGGAGCUCAAUAAAACAGUAUACCGCAAUUUGUAAUUCACACUGAAAGCUAUCCACUUGAUAUAGUCGUAUUUAUGGGAUAUAUAUAUUUAAUCAUCAUAGUUUACGUAUACGAUACGUACUAAGAAUAAGAAAUACUAAGAUUAUAGAAAGCAAUCUCUUUA